UGCUCGAAGUUUGACACCUGUCAAUAGUUUGUUGUGUAACUCAUGUUUUGUUUCUAAAAUUCUCGAGGAUCCGGAGGAACCGAAAAAAUGAUGAAAUUGUGUUAAUUUACAGCAAAGUUUUUGCCAAUUGCAAGAUUUAGUUAAGAAUUCAGCAAUUAACUUUCACUUGAACGAGUGGGAAACGCAACAUCAAUAUGGCAAAAUAUAUAGCCCAAAUUAUCGUGCUUGGUGGCCAAAUCAUAGGAAAGGCAUUCACGCGAGCACUUAAGCAGGAGAUAGCUGCCUCCCAAGAAGCGGCAAAACGUGCCGGUGGUGGACAAAAGGGUCAAGAUCGAGCUGCGGCUAACCUAAGGACGGGCAUGACCCUUGAAGAGGCACAGCAAAUCCUCAACGUAACGAAGCUCGACCCAGAAGAGGUGAAGAAAAACUACGAACACUUAUUCACCGUGAACGAUAAAUCCAAGGGAGGAUCGUUUUAUCUACAAUCUAAAGUUUUCCGCGCUAAAGAACGAAUAGAUCAGGAACUGAAGGAGGAAAAACCGCCGGAAGGAGAGAAAACGGACACCGGUACGGGGAAACCCGAAACGGCGCAGUAAUCAGUUAUGUAUCGUUGCAGUAUUUUUCCACGAAAGACAAACUCACUGCAAUGAUAACUGUUAAAUUUAUAAGUAAAUAUGGCUAUAUAGUGCAAAACAUA